AUGAGUGGCACGACCAAUAUCUCGAAGGGAGUAUGGGCAGGGCACUGCUUCGACAUCACAACACUCGCGAGACACGACGACGAGACCAAAUGGGUAGGGUGGAGCGAUGUGAGCAACGAAGUUACAAGUGAGAUUGCCGGCCUCUGGGAGAGCGAAUACGGCACCGAUUGGCGUGAGACCGUCUGCAACCUCUGGUGUGAAAGGUACGGGCACUGA